CUUUAAACGAAAAGUAAAAAUUGUAAAUUUUCUCGUUAUCUAUUCACCAUAUGUAGAAUAACAUCCAUAUAUGUUUUGAUUGCUAGUGUUGUGCGUCGGAUGGAUUGUUAAACAAGUUUCCGUGAAUGGUGAUUUAGAUAGGAAAAUCUACAUGGGACAACCUAUAGGGUUGUUAUUCAUGAACAUGCUUAGGGAGUCUAUAGUUAGACAAAUCAUUGUAAGAUUUGAAAUAGACUCUAAAAUGAUGGCACGAAUAAACUGGUUCUCUCUCAUGGUUUUAAAAGUGAAAGUGACAAGUGCAUUUAGUACAAAUUUGAGAAUGACACUUGCAUUAUGAAUGACAUGUCGAUCUUUGGUACAAAGACUCGUGAUGUCAAUAUUGAAAAACCAUGAUGGUUGAGAAUUUUGAAUGUGAAGGAUCUGUUUGAAACAAAUGUUAUGCUUAGAGAUCCUAAUAACUAGGAAAAUACAAGAUGUACACCUGCAUACAUGUUUGAUGAUGCUAGUAUAAAUAUUUAAAGAACCCCUAAGACGGUGUAAGAAAGUUAGAAUAUACUAGCAUUUACAGUCUGCGAGAGGCAGCUGAUAAACAUGAGACCCGAUAUAGUGGGGGGUACUUGGCAGGCUUAUUGAUUGUCCUAGUAUGAAGCAUUGAAAUGCUAUUGAAAGGGGUCAUGAGACACCUUAAAAGAACAGAAAACCUUGGUAUUUGUUAUCAAUGGUUUUGCUGUAUUGGUAGGGUAUAGUGAUGCGGAUUAGAAUACCCUAUAGAGGACUCCAAGACAACAAGAGGAUGUGUUUUAAAACAUCGAUAGAGAAGCUAUGUCUUGGAAGUCUAAGAAGUAAACGAUCCUGGCUCAAUCAACUAAGAAAUCAGAAAUGAUAGAGCUAGCAAUGGCUAGUAAAAAGAAAAGUUGAUUGAGAGGGUCAUUACUAGAGAUUCCCUUAUGGGAAAGACCGAUCCCUCCGGUAGUUGAUUCAUUGUGAUAGCGUCGCAGCUAUUACUAAAGAAGGGAACCGGUUCUAGAACCAAAAGAGACGACAAAUUCGUCGUAAGCACAGUACUGUAAGAGAAAUCCUAACGAUAGGAGCAAUGAGGGUGGAUCAUGUGAGAUCCUAACAGAAUCUAGCUGAUCCUUUGACGAAAGGAUUAUCUAGAGAGAAAGUCCAAAGUACCGCCAAGGGUAUGACACUUAUGCCUACCGAACCACGGACUACAAGUGAUGGUAACCCGACCCAAUAGACUGGAGAUCCCAAGAAAUGGGUUCAAUGGGUAAUAACAAGUCAUGAGUAGUAUGCGAAAAGUUCAUGCAUAGUGAAGCAUGAAUCCCAAAGCCUUAGAGGUUGAGUUAAACUCUUAAUGAGAUCUAUACUCUAUGUGGAGUGAAGUACUUUACUUUGGGGGUACUUCUGAUAGACUCACCUAUGUGAAUGUGGGAGUGGGGCCGCUCCCUAUGGAACUUUGGAGGCACAAAUUUGCUAGAGCGUUCACUAAACCGGGAUAACGUGCAUGGCCAUAAACGCACGGCCUAUGAGAGAAUAUCACUCAAUGAAAAGAUCCGGUGUGCUACAUUGUCUGAGAUAGGGUUCAAGACUACGAGUCACCCUUAUGAAAUCGGAAGUGUAACCACUAUGCUAAGGUUCAAAUCUUCGCGAUACCUUAGCUUAUGCCCGAUCUUAUGGAACUGUUGAUGCUCAGAGAUAGUUUCAAAACUAUUCAAGUGGGGGAUUGUUGGGAUGAAUAGCUUUGAAAAGCUAUAAAUGAAAUUCCUAAUUAAUUGUCCAGUAUUUUCCAUAAUACUUAAAUAAGAUGGAUAAUUAAUAAAAGGAAUAUUAUGGAGAUAAUUAGGAAUAAUUAUCUUAAUAGAUUAUAUUUUAAUUAUGGGAGUAAUUAUCUCCCUAAUUAAAAUAUGACUUAUUCCCAAAGAAAGAGGGAAUAUUCUGGGUUUUCUGCUCCUAUAAAUAGGAGGCGCCCCAGACCCUCUAAACACACCUUAGAAGAGCAAAAACACGAGAGAGAGUGAAUUCAUAGAGCUCCGGUUUUUCGCACAAAACCGAUGAGCAACAAAAUCAGAAUGACUGUUUUAUCCUGAAGGCGACCGGCUGAUAGUCUGCUGUGCGCAUUACGAGGCAGUGCCGCGAACGUCUUAAAGAGAGCGACCUAGUCCGCGACUUAGCCAGAUUCGGUAACCCUAAUUUAUCUGUUCGGUAUCUAACAGUUACUGACCCAUCAGUUACUGACAUGACCGGCUCCCGAUAAAUUGGAUGUUAGCAUCCUAACUACUGCUUACAUGCAGUGGGGGCAAUCAACUUCUCUCUCGAUGGUGGCUAGUAAGCUUCAUCUGUCGAAGGUACAAAAUUGACUACAUACAAGAUUAAGUUUUACAUUGUUAUAUUCAUAAGUAAAUUUCUCUCCCACUAUGAAAAUUGAAUCAAAUUAGGAUGUGGAUGGACUUGGUUAGAUGUCGAUGACCAGACAAAUUCGAGAUUGAUUUCAAUCGGCAAGAUUAUCAUGUGGACAGGAUUGUCAGAGGAAGAGGUUGGAAAGAGAAAAAAAUAUUGUCGAAAUCAUUGUGAAACUCGAUAGGAAGUAUAUAUUUAUUCUAAUAAUAUAUAGUAGAGUUCUGUGUAUUUUUCUUCAUUUCAAAUUUUCUUUAACGAUAGUGAAAGUAGGAAGGACAAUUUGGUCUUUACAAUUAAUCAUAUAAAAAAUAUUAAUAUCAAGAUUUGAAAUCAGAUCUCUUUAAAGAAAGAUAACAAUCACAACCAAUUACACUAAACAAGUUUGUUGUAUAUUUUCUAAUACAAAACAUAAAUGAAGUUAAACUCCGAAAAUCUGAGAACUUGCCAUCAUGAUUAGCAAGCCCACUAAGUCUACCGUAUGUAUUUUUCAAUUUAAAUAUAAAAUUUGUGCUUAUUUAUUAUCUCUUUCUUACUUCCUCCGAAAUUUCCUACAUCAUGCAACAGUUUGCGCCCCUUUCAAUUCCCGUUACAAGGUUGCCUUUGAAAAUCAAUCUUCCGGUAUCUCUUGGCACUACAGUUUUAUUGUUGGGGAUUUAAACUGGGCAAGUAGAAGAUUUUAACUCUGAUAUCAAUUCAUGGAGAGUUAUAUAGAGUUCAGUAAAUGGAGUUGCAAGAGGAGGAUUAGAAAUUGAAUUUUUAAUUGAAACAUAUGCUAAUUGAGAUUGAAGAUAGAGUGGAUAAAAAUUUGGUUGUAUGACGGAGAGUGGUGGUUAUUGGAUCGUUAGGUUUAUGGUUUUGCAGCUAUCACAACCUAUUUCUAUCUUAAAAUGAGGAAUCAUUGAUUGAUUUACUGAAGUAGGUCAGCUCUUUAUUCAACCUACUAGAACUGAUAGACAAGGAGUGUCUAAUUUAGUGCCUUAUUACUUUGAACGAGUCUAUUAGUACAUUGGAGGUAAUUCUAAUUUUGUCGUUUGCUUUCAAAUUUUGAUGGUCCCCUCUUAGCGGAGUUGUUAGUAUAUAUUUGACUUGAUCAACUACUCUUCAUUUCUUUUUGAUUAGUGACAUAUUUUUCCGAAAAAGAGAGCAUUCAAACUAUCUAUGGGCCUUGUGGGAAUUUUGUGAGGUUUUAUAGUCUAUCUUUCUUGACAAUCAACUAACCAAAAACAU